AUUUGUGAAACCUGCUCAUAGUGUUGUUGCAUAUGGGAUCGUCUAAUCUUCUGAUAACUUUGCUGACUCAAUGGACGGACUGGUGUUGAAAUCUUCUUCAACUACUCAUCAUCUCUCUCCGAGAACAGCAAAAUUGACUGCGAAUCGAAGUUGUUGCUUGGUUUCUGCAAAUGGGUACUCUUCUUUCUCACCAUUUUCUUCGCAGAAGCCCCCACCUAGGCUUAGGACCUCAGUGAUUGUAGUGGCCAACAAGGACAAGAAGAAUAGGAAUAAGAAGAAGGAUGAUACGCAUAGGUUUGUACCCAAGCCAGACGAAGCCACUGGCCCUUUCCCUGAAGCUGUCUUGCUUAAAGAGAAAAGAGUUCAAGAAGAUGGUAGGCUUCUACCUGAGUUUGCUGAUGCCGAGGAGCGGGAACUAUAUGAAGCUCUGAAUCUUCAGCUAGAAAGUGAUCUGAAUUUAGAACGAAUGCGGCACUAUGAAGUGGUUUAUUUAAUUCAUGAGAACCAUGUAGAAGAUGUUGAGAGUGUAAAUACAAAAGUUCAAGACUUUAUAAGGGAGAAGAAAGGCAAGAUAUGGAGAUUCAGUGAUUGGGGUCUUCGAAGACUGGCGUACAAGAUACAGAAAGCCAGGAAUGCUCACUAUAUUUUGAUGAAUUUCGAGUUCGAAGCUAAAUGGAUUAAUGAUUUUAAAAGCAUGCUAGACAAAGAUGAGAGAGUCAUUCGGCAUCUGGUGAUAAAGAGGGACAAGGCAGAAACAGAAGAUUGCCCUCCUCCUCCUGAGUUCCACAGCCUGCGAGCUGGUACGGAUGAUGAGGAAGAAGAUGAAGAGGACGAUGUAGAGUACGAUGAUGAAGAGGAUGGCGAAGAAGAUUGGGUUGAUGAGGGUGAGAUAGAUAUAGCCAACUAUAAUGAUGAUGAAGAUGGUAUUAUUUAUGUGGAUGAUGAACCACAUGACAACACAGAAAACAGAAAUAAUAAGCCAAAUAGUGCAAGUCAUAUGGGGAGAAGAAAGAUGGAAGCUGAGAAAGUAUCUAGGUAGUUUCUUUAUUUUUACCAUUUGAUUUGUAUUUUUGGCUUGGGAAAAGAUAUUAGUGCAGUCUCCUGAAGUUUCAUCUUGUAAGUUUGUCUCCCAUUCUACUAGAAGAGAAUAUUUUUAUCAAGG